CUGCGGACAUGGACCAGCCCCUGACGCUUUGAGACCAAAAUUGGCUUCGUCGCGCCGACGAAAAUGUCAACGCAAAAGAGUGCAGAGCUUAAAAGUCUUGGAGCCGAUGUGCUCGCCAAGUUCAAGAGUAAGCGCGCGACGCAUAAGGCGUCGGGAGCUUCACCAGCGACUCCGAAGGCCGCAGCCCCGGCGUCCACCCCGCCGGCCGCACAGGUGAACGGAAAGGUCGAUGUAACAGCCACGUCCACGGCUGCUGAUGUGCCCCAGCUGGCCGCCCCUGCAUCGCCCCUGCGCACCGUCCCGCCGAUGGGCGACGACGCUUCGGAGCCGGUCACUCCGCCGCCUGCAGCGGCGGCGACACCGGACGAGGACACACAUCUGACCCCUCAAGCUUCCGCUGCCUCUGGCGCCGCGCCCGUGGAGGCGACUCAAACAGUGGAACCCGAGGCAGUAGCCAGCAGAUCCACUGUGGAGAAGCCUUCCGAGCAGCUAGCAGCUGCACAGGCCACGCAGCCGGUGCCCGAGCCCCAGUGGUCGCAAACCAGGGCCGUGGCGCCAGCUCUGCCGGAGCCGGCUGCCGCCAUCGAGGACGCCCGUCUAGGCGAGCUUCAGGCGGAGGUGGAGCGGCUGCGGCGGGAGGUGGCGGAGGUGGGCGCCAGCAAGGCGGAGCUGGCGGCGCACGUGGCCACGCUUAGCUCGGCGCGCGAGGACCUAGAGGCGCAGGUGGGCUCGCUGCGGACGCAGCUGGAGGCGGCAACGGCGGCGCACGGUGAGGGCAGCGGCCAGGUGGCGGCGCUGCAGGCGGAGGUGGAGGAGCUGCGGGAGCUGCAGCGCAAGACCAAAGAGGAGCUUGCGCACUGGGAGGCCCUGCACGCGGAGCUGCGAUCGCAGCUGGAGGCAAAGGACGCCGAGCUGGCGGAGGCGCGCGUGGCGGCGGCGGAGCUGCAGCAGCUCAAGGAGCAGCUGGGCGGCGAGGACGUGGGCGCGCUGGUGGCGCGGGCACAGCAGGCAAGCGUCCUGGAGACCAAGUAUGAGAAGCUGAAGGAGGAGGGCAAGGUCCGGUUUGAUAAGCUCAAGGAGCAGAGCAACCACCGCAAGGCGGAGCUGGCGGAGGCGCGACAGCAGCUGGCUUCCCUGGCCCAAGAGAAGGAGGCGCUGGAGGCCCGGCUGCAGGCGGACGCGGCGGGUGCGGAGAGCGGCGCUGCGCAGGUGGCGGAGCUGGUCGCCGCGCAGGCGGAGCUGCGGCAGCAGCUGGCCGACGUGGCCGCGCAGCGGGACCAGCUGGCGGCGGAGCAGGAGCAGCUGCGCCCAGCUGCCGACCGCGUGCCGGAGCUGGAGGCGCGCGCCGCCGAGCUGCAGGCGGCGGUGGAGGCGGCGCAGGCGGCCGCCGCUGCGGAGUUGGAGAGGCGUGCGGGUGCCGACGCGCGCGUUGCGGCGCUGGAGGCGGAGCUGGCGGAAGCGAGGCAGGGCGGCAGCGCGGCCAUGCAGGCGCUGGAGGCGGAAUGCGCUGCGCUGCGGGCGUCGGUCGCGGAGCUGGAGGCGCGCGCCGCCUCACAGGCGGCAGAGCUGCAGGCGAAGAUCCAUGGCCUGACCGCUAGUUGUGAGGCUCAGCGGGAGGAGGCGGAGGCGAGCGACGCCGCGGCAGCAGCGCUGCGCGCAGAGCUUGAGCAGCUGCGCGCGGAGCUCAGCGCGCGCCCCGGCAGCGACGCCGUCGCGUCGGCUGUGGCUGCGGCGGAGGCCGCAGCACGCGAGGCACACGAGGCAGCGCUGGCGUCCUUGAAUGCGCGUGUGUCGGAGCUGGAGGCGGAGCUGACUCGGACGAACGAGGAGCUCACCAAGGAGAAGGCCUCGUUGGCAAAGGGCAAGGCGGCGUUCAAGAAGGCCAAGGAGGAGCUGGCGAAGGCAAAGGAGGAGGUCGCGGCCGCGUCAGCCGGCGGCGGCGCAGCGGCGGCAGCGGCUGAGGCGCGGGCGGCAGCGGCGGCGAAGGAGGCUCAGGAGGCGCGGGAGGCGGCGGCGCAGGCGCGGGAGGAGGCCCGGGGCCUGAAUGCCCAGCUGGCGGAGGUGGCUGAGCAGCUGAGCUCGCUCAAGCAGAAGCUGGAGGUAUCGGAGGGCUCCAUAGAGGACCUGCGCGCCCAGCGUGAGGCUCUGCGGACGGACAACGAGCAGCUCCGCUCUGACAACGAACAGCUGCAGCAGCAGUACAGCGAGCAGGCCGACGCCCAGGACCAGAUGGAGGCCAAGCUGGUGCAGCAGGCGGCGCAACUCAAGGACGUGAAGGAGGCGCUAAUCGAGGCGGAGGCGAGGGUUGCGGAGGCUGAGGCCGCCGUACACGCCGAGCUCGAGGCGCAGCUGGCGGAGCUGGCGCAGCGCGCCGCCGACGCCGAGGCGCAGGCGGAGGCGCGGGCGGCGGAGCUGGAGGAGGCGCGUGGCGCGUACCGCCUGGCGUCGGAGCAGGUGGCGAGCGACCAGGCGGCGGUGGAGUCGCUGCGCGGCGAGGUGUCAGACCUGCAGUCGUCGCUGGCGGAGGCGGAGGCGCACUCGGGCGAGCUGCGGCACAGCCUGCAGGCGGAGAAGGCCGCGCUGGCCUCGCUCAGCGCGCAGCUGUCGGAGGCGCAGGAGGCGGCGGAGCGCGAGCGGCAGGAGCUGCAGGAGGCCGCGGCCGCCGCCGCCUCGCGCACCGCGGAGCUGCAGGCCGUGCUCAGUGACGCGCAGGGCGCGCUGGCCAAGGCGGCGGAGGAGCUGGAGGCGGCGCGGCGCGAGGCGGCGGGCGCGGCCGAGCUGCAGGCGCGCGUCACGGAGCUGGAGGCCAAGGUCGCUGACCAGAACAGUCGCAUGGCCACCGCCAAGUCGCAGUUCGGCAAGAUGAAGGAGGAGAAGGCCAAGCUGAAGGAGCGCGUUGGCGAGCUGGAGGCCAAGCUGAAGGAGGCGCAGGCCAACGCCGAGUCCAGCGCUCAGGUGGAGCAGCUGCAGGAGCGCUGCGCCGAGCUCAUGGCUGAGGCCGACGGCCUGCGCUCACGGCUGGAGGAGGCCCAGGCUGCGGAGCAGGCAGCCUCACAGCGCGCCGCCGACGCCGAGGCCGGCGCCGCUGCUGCUGCUGAGCGCGUAGCGGGCCUGGAGGCUCAGCUCACGCGGCUGGCGGAGGCACAGGCGGUGCUGCAGGGCGAGGUUGCAACCUCGCAGGCGGCCGCCACCGAGGCGGCGGCGGCGCGCGAGGCUGCCGAGGGCCUUGCCGCCGAGGCCAAGGCGGAGGCUGAGGCGCUUGCUGAGCGACUUGACUCUAGCAAGGAGCAGGUGGCGGCGUUGAAGGAGGCGGUGGAGGAGCAGCAGGCGGAGAACGAGGCGCUGCGCCGCAGGUCGGAUGAGGCGGUGGAGAAGGCCGAAGCGGCGGCGGUGGAGACGGCGGGGCUGCAGCAGAAGCUGGAGCAGGCCAAGGCGGAGGCAGAGGCGCAGAUGCAGGAGGUGGAGGAGCUGCGGGCGGCGCUGGCCAAGGCAAGUGAGGCCGGUGGGGAGGUCGCGCAGGUGCUGCAGCAGCAGCUGGAGGAGGCGCGGGCGGCGGCGGAGGCGGCUAAGGCGGAGGCGGAGGCGCAGCUGGCGGAGCUGGCGCGGCGCGCCGCCGACGCCGAGGCACAGGCGGAGGCGCGGGCGGCGGAGCUGGAGGAGGCGCGGGGUGCGUACCGCCUGGCGUCGGAGCAGGUGGCGAGCGACCAGGCGGCGGUGGAGUCGCUGCGCGGCGAGGUGUCAGACCUGCAGUCGGCGCUGGCGGAGGCGGAGGCGCACUCGGGCGAGCUGCGGCACAGCCUGCACACCAGGGCGGCGUUGCUGGCAGAGGUGCAGGUAAAGGCUGACACGGCGGCUGAGGAGCUGGAGGCGGUGCGCCAGCAGCUGCAGGAGGCACAGGACGCGGCGACCGCCGCCAACGCGGCUGAGGUGGAGGGCCUGCGCCGCCAGCUGGCGGAGGCGGCCAUCACCAAGGCCGCAUCGGACGUGGUGGAUGACGCGCUGGUCGCGGCGGAGGCGGAGAGCCUGCGCUCCGCGCUGGAGGAGACGCAGCAGCGCUGCGCAGAGCUGCAGCAGCAGCUGGCGGCGGCGCAGGAGGCCGUGGUGGCGGCCAAGGCGGCCGCGGCGACCGACCCGCGCCACAGCGAGGCCGGCACCGACGUCGGCGUGGAGGCGGUUCUGGAGACGGCGGUGGGGGCAGCGGAGCGGGAUGAGCUGGCGAAGCAGCUGGCGGAGGUGCAGCGCCGCGCCGACGAGCAGGCCGACGAGGUGGCGAGGCUACAAGGCCUGCUGGCGGCGGCCACCGAGCAGCUCCAGCAGCAGCAGCAGCAGGUGCAGCCGCAGCAGCAGCCGGAGCCCCACCAGCAGCCAGAGCCUGCGGCACCCACAGACGCUGCGCCCGAGCCAGUGGCGGUCCAGCUGACAGAGCGCGCGCUGCCCCUGUUCGGCGGCGCCGCGGACGACGACGCCGGCAACGACGCCAUCGCGGAGAUGCUGGCCGCGGACGGCGGGUGGAACAACGACGCCGUAUUUGACGCGAUUGGCGAGGGCACGGACGCUUCUGACGCCCCGGUCGCCUCCGCGCCCACUGCGCAGCCGGCAUCCGCGUCUGUGCCUGCUGACGCAGCUACGCCUGAAGCUGCGCCGGCGCUCACCACUGCCGCGGAGCUGGGGGCGCUGCAGGCGUCGCUGGCGGAGGCGCGCCACAAGGCGUCGCAGCUGGAGUGGCGCGUGUCGGAGCUGGAGUCGGAGCUGGAGGAGGCGCAGACCAGCGCCAUGGACGCCGCCGACGCUCAGGACCGCUGCGAGCUGCUGGAGGAGGCCUGCAAGACGCUGCGGGCCCAACUGGAGGAGGCGCAGCAGGCGGCUGCAGCCUCGGCCUCGGCCGCGGGCGCGGGUGCAAACGCUGUGGCAGAAGCUGGGCAGGCGCAGGCGGUGGCGGUGGCGGAGGCAGCAGCAGCCGCCGCGGCGGCGGAGCUGGAUGCCGCGCGCGGGCGGGUCUCGGAGCUGGAGGCGGCGCUGGUGGCGGCGGAGGCGCGCUUUGCGCAGCAGGAGUCCGAGCGGGCUCUGGAGUCUGGGCCGACGAGCGAGGAGGCGGACGCGCUGCGGAUGCGUGUUGCCGAGCUGGAGGAACAGCUGGCGCAAUCGCACCUGGGCGCGGAGGCGGUGCAGGCGCAGCUGGCGCAGGUGGAGGCGGAGCUGGCGGCAGCCAGGGACGCCUCGGAGGCCACCGUCGCGGAGCUUGCGCAGGCGCAGCAGGCCGCGGAAGCGGCGCAGGAGCAGCGGCGCCGGGUGGAAGCGGAGCUGGAGGAGGCGCAGGUGCAGGUGCUGCAGUCGGACGGUCGGGCCGCGGAGGCGGAGAGCCAGGCGGCGGCGCUGCAGGCGCAGCUCAGCGCGGCGUCCGAGGGCGCCUCCGAGCAGGUGGUAGUGCUGCAGAGCCAACUGGAGCAGGCGCAGGCGGCCCGGGCCGAGGCGCAGGCCGCCGCGUCAGAGGCUGCGUCUGCAGUGGCGCAGCUGCAAGCGGAGGUGGCGGCAGCGGCGGAGCGCGAAGCGGGCCUGAUUGCGGAGCUGGAGGCGGCGCGGGCGGCAGCGGCGGAGGCCGCGCAGGUGCAACACGAGGCGGCUCGGCUGCAGCAGGAGGUGGCGGCGGCGGCGGAGCGGGAGGCGGUGCUGGCGGCGGAGCUGUCUGCGGUGCGGGCAGCGGCGGAGCAGGACGCCAGCGCUCGGUCGGCGGAGUCGCAGCUGGUGACGGACCUGCAGCUGCGCUGCGGCCAACUGGGAGAGGAGCUGGAGCGCGAGCGGGCAGCAUGCGCGCAGGUUGCCGAGGAGGCGGAGUCGCUCCGCGCCUCGGAGGCCGACCUGCGCGACGCCGCCGACCGACUGGAGGCGGAGCUGCUGCAGGCGCAGGCGGCGGCGGCGGCCGACCGGGAGCAGCUGGCGGCGGCGGCGCAGCGCGCGGGUGAGCUGGAGCAGCUGCUGGCAGCCGCCGCCGCGGAGCGCGAGCAGCUGGCGGCCAGUGUGGCGGGCGGCGCCAGUGCGGCGGAGGAGCAGCUGGCGGCGGCCACGGCGCGGGUGGCGGAGCUGGACCAGCGCAGGGCGCAGCUGGAGGCGGAGCUGGCCCGCCACGGCUCCGAGCUGGCGCGGGUGCGCACCGAGAACGAGGAGCUGGAGGGCCGCUGCCUGGGGCUGGACGCGCUCUGCCAGCAGCAGGCGGAGCAGCUGGCCAGCAGCGCAGCGGCUCUGCAGCGGGCGCAGGAGCAGGCCCACGCGCUGCAGGUGCAGGCUGCAGAGGCGUCCACCCAGGCGCACGCCUUGGCAGAGGCGCAAGCGCACGUGCAGCAGCUGCAGGCGCGCCUGGAGGAUGCGGGCCGCGCCGCCGCAGCCGCCUCGCAGCGUGCCGCCGCCCUCUCCGCACAGGUGGAGCAGCAGCACGCCGCGCUGGCGGAGGCGUCCGUGCAGGCGGAGGCGCAGCGCCAGGCGCACCAGCAGCAGCUUGCAGCGGUGCACGAGCAGCUGGCGGCAGCACAGGCGGCAGCGGCGGCGCAGUCGCAGUCGCGCUCGCUGCCGCCCUCCGUCGGGCACCAGCAGGGGCACGCGGCGGCGGAGCUUGCAGCGCUCAGGGCGGCGCACGAGCAGGUGCAGCACCAGUUCGCGGCCGCCGGCGCCGAGGUGGAGCGGCUGCGGGCGGCGGGCGCGGCGACGGUCGAUGGCGUGGCGGCAGGCAGCGCGGGCGUGCAGGAGCUGCGGCGGCAGGUGGCGGAGCUGACGGCGGAGCGGGCGACGCUGGUGUCCAGGGCCAACCAGGUGGACGGGCUAUUGGCGGAGCUGGAGUCGCAGCGCCAGGCGCGCGGGCAGCUGGAGGUGGCGCUGCGGGUGGAGCAGCGCCGCGCGCAGGAGUGGUACGCGCAGGCCGCGGGUGCGGGCGGCGCCGGGGCCGGCGCCGCCGGGGGCGCCGCCAGCGUGAGCGCCAGCCCGGCCCGUGUGGCGGCGGCCGCGGCGGACAAGAAGCGGGACGAGACGGCGAGCCAGCUGGUGGGCGUGUACGACCCGGAGAGCGCGGUGCUCCAGGGCGCCUCCACCACCUUCCAGCCCCUGUCGGGUCUGCUGCGCGGCAACUGCCCGCCCGCCGCCGCCUCGGUGCUGGUGGCGGCGGCGCGGCUGCACGACAAGCUCACGGUGGCGCUGUACUGCCGGCCCACGGCUCGGCUGCUGUUCAGCGCCUACAUCCUGCUGCUGCACAUCCUGGUCAUGCUGUGAGGAUGUGCUGGGGCUGUUAGUAUUAAGGUGGUGAUGAAUGCAAGAGCUUAGUGCGGGUAUAGCAUGUAGCAGCGAGUCGCAGCGUUCAAGGGCGGGUAUAACAUAUAAUAAGUGGGGGCAUGGCUGUUGGGGAGGAACGCACAGCAAAGAAGCGGGAGAUUCAUAGGCCUUAAUAGACAUCCUAGGACGGUAGGUGGACGUGAGGUGGUGGUGAUAGGGACUGGAAGCGCGUUUGGUCGCUAGGCAGUACGACAUGCAUAUGUACCUGGCUCAACUACGAAAUGUUUCGCUUGCCUAGGAGCUAGGGACGCGAGGUGCAUGCGUGGGUGCUUGGAAUGCGAGCUGGCUGAGACCAGGAGAAGUACUUCAUCAUGUGUAAGCGGACCCGAAU